AUUUAAAUACAAUGCAAGCAGUGUCAAAUGUCAAGAAAAAAGCAAUCAUUUAAGAUAUAAAUUUGAUCAAUACAAAAAUAUAAUUAAAUUGAACAAAGCAAUCAUUGGAAGUAAUCGAGACUCAAAAAUGUCGAAAAAAAUGUCAUUAACACAUCAUAAUAAAACUGACAUGUUAAGUCGAAAAGAUAUCUGUUUUGCUGAUUUAAUUGAAGAAUGUAAAUAUGGUGCACCGGGUGCAACACUAUCGAAUAAUUUACGUAUACGCUUAGAACGAUUUCCAAUUUUCGUACGACGUGAAAUUGUGUCACGUUUAAAAGAUGGUUGUGCCCCAUUAUUUAUUGCAUGUAAACGGGGCCAAGUGGAAGUCGUUGAGUAUUUAAUUGAAGUGUGUAAUGCAGAUGUUGAACAACGGGGAUUGUAUGAAGUACCCGAUGAUAGGUCCGUCCAUUGUGUGACACCAUUAUGGUGUGCGUCAGUGUCUGGUCGUUUACCCGUGUUACGUGUAUUAAUCGCACACGGUGCUCAAAUAAAUGCUGUAUCUGAUACAGGCUCAACACCAGUACGAUCAGCAUGUUUCAUGACAAAUUUAGAUGUUGUAUACUAUUUAGUUGAGAAUGGCGCUGAUGUAAACAAAGCGAAUUAUAAUGGGGGUACGUGUUUAAUAAAUUCUGUACAGAGUGCGCAUUUAUGUGAAUUUCUAUUGGAGAAUGGUGCCGAUGUAAAUGCACGAGAUAUACAAAAUAAAACAGCAUUACAUUAUGCUAUACAAGAGCAUAGACUAGAAACAACAAUACUAUUAAUCAAAUAUGGUGCUGAUUGUCAUGCAAAAGCUCGUGUCAAUGAUGAUGCAUUACAAUUAGCAUGCUUGAAAGGUGCUAAUCGUAUAUUUGAAUAUUUAGUAACGACAAUUGACUAUUCGUAUGAGAAAUUAGCAAAUGCCUACGAGUUAAUGGGUUCCACUUACUUAGAUGAGUACAAUGACAUAUUUAGUGCAUUAUGGCAUUGGAAUUAUGCUGCAGAAAUACGUGAAAAUCAUCCAGAAGAGAAGUUGUUACCCAAAAGACCUGUAAUACCAACACGGGCUGCUUUUCGACAUCAGAAAGAAUUUGAAUCGGUUGCGGAUUUACGUGAAGUGGAAACAGAUUUAGAUUCAAUGCGAAUACAAAGUUUAUUGAUUUGUGAGCGAAUUCUUGGAUGCUAUCAUAAAGAUGGCCUUUUUCGAUUAAUGUUUCGUGGUGCAGCGUAUGCUGAAGCAUUACGUUAUCAACGUUGUGUUGAUCUAUGGCGACGUGCAUUAGAAAUACGUGUAGAAAAAGACGAUUGUAUAUUAUCCGGUGAUACAUGUUUUACUGCACAAGCGUUAGUUCGUUUAAUGGUUGAUUUAAAUGAGAAAAAAUUACAGGAAUAUGAAAAUGUUGAUCAACGUUUUGAUGAUAUUGUUGAGACAUUUUUAUUAUUAACCAAUGAUAUUACAGGUGCUCGAAAAUUAUUAGAAAUUCGGCCGGUAUCGAAACGACAAAUGGAAGGUUUUGAUCGUAUUUUAAAAUGUGUAACACAUUUAAUUUAUUUAAUGAUGGAAACAGCUAACACGCCAGAACAAGUACAACGUAUGAAAGAGUUAGUAACCGAUUUAGUUAAAAAGAAUCCACGUAGUGCCUCAACAGAUGACACAUUAUUACAUUUAUGUGUUUCCAAAUUAAAUACAAUUAAAUCAAGUUACUUCCCCGAUGAGAUUUUAAAUAUAUUAUUUACUUCACAGGAAGUUUUCCCGAAAUUAAAAGUGAUUAAAUUAUUAUUGGAAUGUGGUGCAGCUGUAAAUGCUGUUAAUGAAUCGAAAUCAACUCCAUUACAUAUUGCAACACUUCAAUAUAACUUCGAUAGUGCAUUAAUACAAUUAUUAUUGGAUAAUGGUGGACAUAUUGAUAUGCCGAAUCGUUUGGGUAACAUACCACGUAAAGCAAUCGUAGCAAAUUCAAAUAGUAAUAUAAAUUUAGUAAAUUAUAUCACAUUAAAAUGUUUAGCUGCUAGUACUGUUACGAAAUAUAAAAUUCCAUAUAAAAAUCAAAUUCCAAAAACAUUAGAAACAUUUGUUACAUUUCAUUAAGAAUGGUACGCGUACGAAUACGCGAAUGUUAUUUUAUGAGGCGGCUAAUAAAGUGGACGAAUGGACGAUAUAUUGUCAACGAACGAGACAAUUUAGAGUACAUUAAAGAUAAUUGUGCUUUGAAAAAAAUAAUAUAUAUAUAUAUAAAUAUAUAGAUAUAAAAACAUGUUUUAAAUAAAAAAUUUAAUUCAUGCGCAUUUUUUUGGCCUAAAUAUUAAUACCUAUUAUUUAUCUUUAUUAAUUUUCGUAAAAUAAUAAA